AUGUGCAACUAUGACGUCAUAGCUAAAUGGAUAUACAUAUAUUCAAAUGGCUGUGAUGAGCUUUAUAGCAACAUAGAUGGCCGAACAUCCCUCCGAAGGUGCACCAUGCAUACUCCAAACGUCUUACUUGAGUUCAAACACGGCUCUCGCAAGCCUAUUUCAGGCUUCAAAUCUCCGUUCUUGAACAACACAGAUGGCGGGAUUCGGGAUUGGAUGGCACAUCAUCGGUAUCCAGGAUUCGCGGAAUCUACGUUUACCGUGCUUGACCAGCAAGCCGUUGACGAGGAUGCAUGCCGCACGUCUUACGCCGGGCCAAAAAUGAAGGGCAAGAACACAUUGAUCACACAUGAGAUAGAAGGAGAACCUUUUGAGGGCCCGGCUAAAGCUGCAAAAUUGAGGCAUAGAAAGAACAGAAAGAAGUACGGCGUUCGAAUGGAUUAG